AUGGAGGCCAACUCCGAGGUCUGGGAAGAAGUAAAGCGUUUCCUAGACACCCCAGAAGGAAGACGAAUAGUGGAAGAGCAGACCCGGCGUCUCAGGGAGCAAUCCAAACUCCACAACGCCCAACGCCCUGGCUGGCUUCCUUUCUUCCCUCCCUCUGCCUGGGCACCGAAUCGGCCAGCUAAGAGCAAUACGGUUGAGAACCGCGCGCUCGGCGGAACUCCAUCCCCCGAAGUAUUGGAGAAGGUAUACUUGGCACUAGCCGCCAGUGGCGUUUGGAGAACUAGUGAACUGGAAACAGUGUCCUCUAACACCACACCGUUGAAGGCUACUACCAACGUUGACAUUUCGAAUCCUCCCACUGCAAAGUCUAAGACGACAUCACCAGCUAAAUCUCCUUCCCGAAGGGAACACCACCCCAGCCUAGCGCAGGGCGUUCCUCAACUCAAGCUGGAUACGGCUUCUGUGAGGACCUUGCAAGAUAGCUCGAAGGCUGGAGCCCAGGCUUCUACCGGUCUUGCUUCCACGACCAGAGAUAGCAGUGACUCUUCGUCAGGAACAUCUCAGGGCACGACUUUUUCAAAAGAGGAGCGUACGAAGGAGUCAUCUGCGACCUCUCCAGAAUCCAAGCUUGAAUUUGACUUUGGCAUCAACACCGGACAGAAGGGUAAAGAGAGAGCUACUGCAUCUUCUCCUUGCCUAGGUCUUCCAACGAGCAUCACUUCUGUGGAGACUCAUUCGAGUAUCCUUGAUGGCGAUACGGCCUUCGAUAACGAUGCCCUGGAAGUCGAUAUCGCCAUCCAGUACCGUGUCCCCAAGGAGGAGCUUGUCCCUUGGGAGCAAAUCAACUCAGCUCCCGUCCGCAGGCUGAGCUCAUCCGAGUCAACAUCCAUGUUCACCCCAGGAGAUGGACGCAAUCGUGAGGUCAGCUCCUCCAGCUUCAUUGGUGAUAGCUCUUGUGAGGGCAAUGCUGUAGGUUGUGACAACAAAUCAGACCACCUUCAGAAAACAAACGAUCCAACGACGACAGAUCAUGUCAGUCAUCACGAUGGCGCGACUCGCGUACCAGCCUACUGUCACCGCCAGGGAAAUAGUGUACAUCAUCCAUCAACCAGUGUUCUGGUCGCCCAGGGCGAGGUUCCGGUUGAAGUUAUCAGUGUUCAGCCGCUCAUGACCCAGGUUGGUGGCGAUGCUAUCCAGUCAUCUCGUCAAUACUCAGUGGAAGUUUCUCCUGUCAGACCCCUGGAGUCGACUAAACCAGCAGGGGAGGGCCGAACUACCUGGCCAACAGAUCUUUCUUCCGCUCAAACCCGCGUUGCCAGUCUCUACCCGGUUGUUGAGCCGGAUAGGUUGCAGGCCAGGUCUGCGCGGAGAGAGGAGAACGAUUUCAGACGCUCUGACGAUAUCACAAAGUACCCGGAAGACGCAUCUAGUCAAAUGCAAGGACCAACUCCUCCCACAAACGUGGAUUCGAGAGGAGGUGAGCCUGGCGAGCAAUCCAGCACUGCGGGAGAUGGCAUCACAACAUCUCCCAAAACCCAGCUUUCUGAACGUGUUCAUGAGACAUGGCACGCUGCUGACGACCUCGGGCCCAACGGAGCGCAAACUGGCAGACCUUACUGCAACGUGGUGACUGAGGUUCAUAGUCGCUUUCAGAAGGUUCUCGGUCGUAUGGGCGUGUCUACUGCUCCUCCUCCUGCACCCACUCCAACCUCUGGAAUGGAUGUAGGGGAGGUGAACCGGGAUUUCUUUCCUCAAGAAUCUCUCGAUUACCUCAGGGAACGGCUUGACGCGUUAAAAAAGGAGCGCGAUGGAGAAGCCCAUGCCAAUGACAAAGAGCAGGAUACUCGCUCCAAGGGCAGAGGAGGGCGCGACGUAAACCGCAGGUCUGGGGAUGAUCAUGCCAAUGCUCUGGCAUCUGGAGAGCCGACAGUUUAUGGUCGCCGCAGCGACAGGUCAAGCAAGGUUGGACCGACCCUGGCUGUUCCGACCAUCAGCCUCCAGACGGGAUUGCGGGCAUCUGAUGGCUCGACCGACUCGGGUUAUCAUUCGCAAAGUGGUGGUCAGUCAUCAAGGCUCAAUCCUGCUGCCCCCGAGUUUACGAUGUCGAGUAACAAUACACCCACAUCAGCUCGACCGGCUUCCGCCAAUCCUGUACAGGGGGGCUCAAGUACUGGCAACACACGCAUCACGCCAACGCUAGCUGCUCCCUACCCAUACUUUGUCAGCGUGCGCUCUGAUGGCACUGUUGUUCCAGUUCUUAUCCCGCCAACAACUUUGGCGGCCCAGCAGAUGGCAUAUCUUGUCAACAUGCAAGCAAGACAGUCAACAAACUCAUCAGAUCGACCUAAUGCCCCAGGCUACCCGAGUGUGGUUCCUCUCGUGAGUACUGGAAGCACUGCUAUCCCCCCAACCACGAUCCCGUUGGCUCCUGCAGUUGCUCCUGUCCCGGCUGUCCCUGGUGUUUCUCCCACAAAUGCAACAGGUCCUCUCGCUUCACAAAUUACUCAGCCAACGAUGACGGCUCAGAUGAUGCGCCCGUUCUUCCCCGUCACCACGAAGCCCCGUGACCAUGACCCAGUCAAGCAGCAGCUGUACGAGAUGUGGCUGGAGUGGCGAAAAGAAAACGAGCCCGGAUACCACUUGGGAUGCAAAAUGCGUCAAGCCCAACGCGUGCUGCGGCAGCACCAACAAGAGCAGGCACGGAAAGCGCAGCAGCAAGCCCAGCAAGAAUGGAAAGAGAUGGCGAACAAGGCCAAGGCUGCAGCUGCUGCAACUGCUAAGGCCGCAAAAGAAGAGGCUGAGAGAAGGGCAAAAGAAGAAGCCGAGCGGAGGGCCAAGGAGGAAGCAGAGAAGGUUCUGAAGCAAGUUGGGGUUGUUGCUUCGGUCCAUGCUGGUUGGAUCGCUCCUGGACAGCAGCCUCAUAAUGUCCAGCACCAAGGUGACAUGAACCGAGGACAACAGAGUCGACGAGUUCCUGCUGCCGAGGAGGACGAAAAUCUUGAGGAUCGAAAGCUUCCUCCUGAAGAACCCCCAAGUGUGGAGUCUAAUAAUUCUAAGGGACAGAUCAAAGAGAUCCCUGCCCCAGAACCUGUGGACGGCAAAGUUGAGGGGCCCAAGAAGCAAACUCAGGUUGUCGUUAGUGGAACAUAUGAUGAUGUUGGCAAAGCUCUCGAUGAACACAAAAACUUGGUAGAACAGGCCUUGGGAAAACACAGAGAUGAGACCCGGAAGGCUCUGCAAUCCCACGAAGAGAAAGUAGAACGGGCUUUGGGAGAGCAGAAGGACACGAUCGUGAAGGUGCUAGAUGAGCAAAAGGAGACGAAGAAGGCCAUCGAGCACCUGGAGAAGGUUGUCUUGUCUGUUGUUGCGACCGAUCGUGUUAAGACAACCGAGGUUGCUGGAGAACAGAAAGUGGAGGGAGCCCCGAAAAGUGAUGGAGUGGCGAAAAGUGACUCUGGGAACAAAAGGGUCGGUGAUCAGCGGCCCUUUCGUAGGAAAAAAGGGGGGGGGUUUCAAUCAUUUCGUAGGAGGGACCAGCAUCGUGAGAGGGAAGUCAGGAAGGACUAA